GCCAGCUCCGCAGCAUGAAAUAGAAUAUGGUGGCACGGUUUAGUCCACUUCGUCUGUGAUUGUUUUAUUUUAAGUUUUUUUUUAUCGAAUUUGGUUUCUAAUCUCGCUGUUGUUUAUUGGUAUUUACUGCUGUGUUACCAUAAUCUUUUGUUUGUUGAUAUAGUAGAUCUUACAUGAAUGUGAUUCAUAAGAAACGAUGAAUAGCAAGAAGUAAUCUAAAAACCUUUUAUUUCUCCGAAUUUAAUAUUGUUAAUUUGAAGUUGUAACAGGGAGCUAGUAUGUCUUCGAGUAAGAGUAAAUCUUCCAGUGGCUUGAGGAUUCUGUGGAUCCCAGGCAGGAAAAAGCAUAAUCGCAAAGGGGUAUACAAUACAACCAAAAAUAACAUUCCACAAUACCAUGCCAAUCAGCAGCGUAAAAUCGAGCCCUGGACGCUUGGAGGCAGCAGCAAUCAUAAUAAAAUCAUUAACGCAGAUCUUCACGAUAACCUGGAUGUUGGCAUGGCAUCUGCAACGGGCGCCAUGGGACUGGCCACGAUUGUUUCCAAUAAGGCAGGCGAAACUAGUGGCAGUAGCCACCUAGCUGAGCCACCGCCGCCCCCUCCAGUGGCAGCAGAAAUAGCAGACGAAGUUUUAGUGUGCAAUGGAGCCGCAGAGUCGGUAGAGCUGGUUGUUCUCAACGAUUUAAAUGGUGAUAAUAAUAAGAAAGACAUUCCAAGUAAUAAUCAGUUCGAGACGUUGGAACUUAUCGACGAGGAAAAGAACCGAAACUACUCGAACGCGGAGUCGUCGUCCUCGCUGAUGUCCUCGAACAACGAUAGCCGAUCCGCAGACUAUAUGCACAAUUCGGCCACGCUGGCUAUCGGUGAAACCAGACGCCGGCUGCGACGCAAUAGUUACAACAAUUCCAAGAAGAACAGCUGCGAGAAUAUUGACUCCAUCGACCACAUCAACGACAGCGAUGUGAUUGAUGCGGUUAAACUGCACCCGACCGCAGAUGGGCCUCGCUUGGAUACGUUUCGAUCGAAGAAAAAGAGCAACAAAAGGCAGAGCCUAAGACAGGUUGACGACGACGAAGAAAAUCUUACCCAGAAGGAAGAUAAAUUGGUAACCUGUCUGUAUUAUUCGCUUGUAUGCUGGGAUUGCAGCAUUUCAUAGAACCCAAGCGAGAAAAAAAAAACAAACGCACUUUAGCUACUCAAAAGACUACACUACUUAGUUGUUGCCGGGGUUUUUCUACGUGAACCGUAUUGAGCUCACAGUAUUUUAUAUCGAUCUUUUUACAAUUUGAAAAUACUAAUAUAAAUGCAGCCAUUAUUAUUAUUUAGUGGUAAGACAAAAUCCACUGUUAGUGUGUAAGAUAAAUUAUAUAGUACACAUUAA